AAGGCGACGUUUCAACACCGGAAACAAGUCAUUGUCAACAUUGCGGUUCAGAUAAAACGUUAUACAUUUUCGUAUUGCUUCUGUCUGGAGAAGAACACGGCUCCUUCAUAUCAAGUGUGGCUUAUUCAAAAAAAAACAUGAACGUCAAAGUCCGGCCUGCAACAAAAGAAGACUGCAAGGAAAUAUCGAGGAUGAUAUCGGAGUUGGCGGUCUAUGAAAAAAUGCCCGAGCAAGUGAAGAUAACUCACGAAGAACUGGAGAGGGACGGUUUCUGUCAAAAUCCCUUCUUCGAAUGUCUUGUUGCAGAAGUGCCGGAGGAGCAUCGGUCUAAAGAAGGUUUCCCGAUUGUCGGAUACGCCCUUUACUUUUACACCUACAGUACGUGGAAGGGGCGGUCCGUGUAUCUGGAGGACCUGUACGUGAUGCCAGAAUUCAGGGGAAAGGGCAUCGGCAAGGGCUUACUGAGCAAAGUAGCUGAGGUGGGGAAGAAGAAGCAGUGUGUGCGGCUGCAGCUGUCUGUGCUGGACUGGAAUACUCCCUCUAGAGACUUCUACGCUGCUAAAGGAGCUCAGGACAUCACCGCCAGCGAAGGCUGGCACUUCCUACGUUUUGUCGGACAAGACCUGGACAAUUUAGCAAACGAAGCUCCCAAAGAUUAAGAGGUUUUCCUGAGGAAAAUGUGUCUGUUCAUCACCCUGAAGAUGGCGCCAUAAUAUGCCACACUGUAAUUCUUCACACCCUUCUUGCCUUUUUUCUGGUUUAACUAAAUCAAUUGCAAGGUUCUAUGUGUAAUUUUGAUAUAUGAUUUUGAGUAAUCUUAAAAUACAUACUCUUAUGAAAGUAGCUGACCAUCAUUUUAUCUUUCAUAUCAUUUGUAAAUCCACAAUGAAACAAAACACUGCCUUUAUUACGAAAUCCAACAGAAUUACGCUCUUGAUUGUCAACUUUGUCAGAUUGGAUAAUGCUUGGUGAAUAUCAUUGGCAAUUUUAUUAGCAAGGCAAUGUUAUUGGACCAGAUAAAGUCAAAUUCCAGAUUUGAUACCAUAUUAACCCUGUCGGUGGCAUGUUUAAAACUGCCAAUGAACUGAGAGGAUGUCCAGCCAAUGAGGUUUAAGUGCACCACCGAGCUUUCAGUACUUCCUGUUCUGGUAAAGAGUCAAAUCGUGGAUUACUUUGAAAGUAAUAAAACCAUAUUCAUGGAUUUAUGUUUGUGAAGUUGAUAAUCAAAGUCUCCCGUUGAUAGCUCUGAUUCUUCAUUGUUC